AGACAAAAGGGAGACUGCCAUUACCGUAGCAACAGAAAAUGCUAACCUUCCAAACCCUGAAAGAGAGAAGGGACUGUGCUGCUGCCAGUUCCUUGCCCACUCCUGGAUGCUCACAGCGGGGAUCAGUAUGUGGGGGAUUAGGUGCUGAAAUCACAAGAAUCACCUUCGUCAGCCAGAAUGCUGUCUGGAUUUUCGAAUUUGUUACAUCUGUGGCCAUGAAUUUGUCUUUCAGUCAACACUAAAUCAGAAAUGCUUGGAAGGAUGAUGUCAAGGAGAUAAAAAGAUUAAAAAAAGAAAAAAGGCAAAACAAAAAAAACUGCAACAAAAACCCCCCACAAACCUCUGCCACUGAAACAUCACAAUCCGAUUGCUGCAAAUAUGCCUCAACUUGAUGCAGCUCCCCUACACUCUGGUAACUUCUAACCUGCAAAGCAAAAUCAACAAAAAUGAGCAUCAUAUUGAAAAAAGGCAAUCUCAAGUAAAGUAGAGAGAACAUUCCUGGAACAUUGUAUUCUUCAUGGAAACAACUGUAAAGAAAAAGAGUUUGAGCAAGCAUAAUAAAACUCUGCCAAGUGCUGGAAAGGCCCCUGCUAAUAUCUCUACCAUUCUGCCUUCAAAACAGAUUGCAACAUCCAGUGUGUCAGAUCUUCCCACAGUUUUGCCAGAAAUAGUGAGUUUAGAUUCCGUAGUAAAAGCAAGCCCUGGGAAAAGAAGACCAGGCACUGUAAUAAUAUCAAAACGGUCAAACACUGCAAGUAUGUCUCAGAGUCAGUUGAAUCGACCAGUCAUUCCAUCAAAGAGACCUGGCUUUAGGGUGUGCUAUAUCUGUGGCAGAGAAUUUGGGUCACAAUCUCUUGCCAUACAUGAACCAAAAUGCUUGGAGAAGUGGCAUAUUGAAAAUGACAAAUUACCAAAGCAUCUCAGAAGAGCAGAGCCUGCUAAACCUCAGUCCCUUACUGGUGGCACCUAUGACAUUAAGGCUGCAAAUAAGGCAGCUUAUCAGAGUGCUCAAGCUCAGCUCUUACCCUGUGAAAACUGUGGUCGCACUUUUCUUCCUGAUCGUCUCCCUGUGCACCAAAGGAGUUGCAGACCAAAGGAUGGUGGCCUGGGCCCUUCAAGCUCUAACCCCCCAAAAUCUGUGAAAGGCCCUAGCUCUGGCCUUGUAUCUGCAGCACAUACUGAUCAAUCUAGUAAAGUUCAACAAACAUGUGGGGGUGCACCAGCCAUACCAGAUAAGCCACCAGUGAUCAGACGGCCACCCACAGUUGUUUGUUACAUAUGUGGCCGUGAGUUUGGAACUAAAUCUAUUGGCAUCCAUGAACCACAAUGUCUGAAAAAAUGGCAUAAUGAGAAUGACAUGCUACCCAAACAUUUACGAAGACCUGAACCUAAAAAGCCAGAAGUCAGAUCCUUAGGAGGCAAACUAGCUCCUUUUCUUUGGGAAAAAUGAUCUGUGCAGCGAACACAUUUAUAGUCUCCUGUUGACAAUUUUUGGGAAUAGCUGCACAUCCAUGCCUCCGGUAUAGCUUGCAAGCCUCUACUACUCCUGUAGUGCUUCUGCGGGGCCCGUCCUGGUGAAUAACUUCACAGCAUAUCUCACUGGUUUGUCCUUGGCCUUUUUGGGUAAAACCAAUCUCUGCCUCCUAGUCACCUGCCUCAGUUUAACAUUUUCCAGAGUGAGGACAGCCUAAAGGAGAUUACUAUCUAGCUUGCUCCAAUGCCCGCCAUCCACCUUUACACCUCCAUUGCCAUAGAAGUACCUCCAGCAUGCAAACAAAACUGCAAAAACAAGUCAGGAACAUUACUCCAACCUCCCCCCCUCCCCUCCCCGUACCAACACAAAAGCAGAUAUAGUAGAUUGAAAUCCAAAUGGCUCCAGCACCUUCCGCACACAUAGACCACCUACCACUUACUGAGGUUCCCCCAAGAAUGGGAAGAAGAGUCUCAGGGAGGUGAAGUUUGUUUUUUUGUUCCCCCUGCAACUCCCACAACACAUGCAACAGACAGACUGUUAAGAACAGUGCCUCUGUGUACUGCUGACAGGCUGGCCAACUUGAGGGGGAGAAAAAGGAGGACUUGGAAUGAGAUAUUUGCAGAACUCCAGGCGGAGUCACAGAGCAAAACCAGACUGGCUAAGAGGUGGAGGCUAUACAUGAGGACCCAGAGGGAGAAAGAAAUGCAGAUCUCCCAGGAGACUCUCACAAUGGCCAAAGACAAUGUUGCAGUGACAAGGGAAAGUAUUGCUGUGAUCAAGGACAGCAUCACCAUGCUGAUGAACAAGGAGAACAUGGAAAAAGACAGAGAUGCAAAGGCAACUCAUGGACGCUAUCCUGAGCCAGAAUGCCUUCCUGGAAAACAUGCUUCUGCUAGGCCAGCAGGCCAUGCAAUCCUUUAAUUUGGGACCUAGCCAUGUCCUUCAGCUCCUGGACAAUGCUGGCUGCUGGGACCAGCAGCAACUUCUAACCUCUGCAUCUCCACUUCAGUGCUCCCAGCAACACCCAUUCACCUCUCAGAUCCAACCUCUGGGCAAUGAGAACACUUGGAUCUCAGAGUCCAGCUCUUCUUGAGCCUUGCAACAUCCUUGAGAAUUUUGAACCAAGACACUUGACCCCAGAAUCCAUGUACUCUCCCCAUGACCGAGGUCAUGUGUACGAGAAGAGCCAAUGGCAAGGUGUAUACUUACCUUUAAGUUUAUAUGCCACCACUAAAAAGUUGUAUUUGAAAUAUUCU